AUGUCAACUUAUGGCAAGGAAGCGCACAACCACUUGAAGUUUUUUCCCACAUCAGGGCCACAUUCAUAUGAUGUCAGACGAAAGGUCAUAGAUGCUGAAAGAGAGAAACAAGGGAAAACGCGUAUAAUAGAUGAAAAAUUCAUAAAGUUGGAUAUUGUUAGCAGUCAGCAGAUAAUUGCAAUUUUGCUCCUAAUCUAUUCCUUAUUCCAUGCCUAUAACGUCGACGGGUCUUGCAUGGCUUUCGAACUGGGAUGUCAUGAACUUUUGUCAAUAAGUGGUAUUAGCAUUAAGGAAAUGAAGGCAGUAGUGGUCGGUCGAAGUAACAUUGUUGGAUUACCAGUUUCACUUCUACUUAUUAAGAUGGAUGCCACUGUUACUGUAGUCCAGUCACGUACUCCAGAUCCAGAGAGUCACAUACGUGAAGCAGACAUAGGGAUUGUUGUAACAGGACAGACAAUGAUGUGGUAUAUGUAG